AUGUCUGUCAGUGCCCACAGUGUGUGUGUGUUGUGAAUGCCUUGACGUAUGCUAUGCCUAUGACUACGGAGACAUCACCUCCAGUGAGGGCCACAGAGACAAUGAGCGCCUCAUCGACCACCACAACGACCACCAUAUCGGUGACCACGACCACCACCAUCACGAACACGUCGGACGAGUGCCAGUGCUCGGCGUGUCAGCGGCUGGAGCCGGGAGCGGACGGCGCCCACCAUCACCACCACAGCCACCACCACCCGGACCAUCACCUCAAGGGAUCGGCUGCGGGAGCCGUGGCCGGGGCGCUGACACCCGCCCAGCACGAGGACCUCCGGUCGUGUUGGCACGAACUCAAGGCAGCCGUACUCCGGAUAUACCGCGAGUCGGGUCUCGUACUCAACCAGACGUUUGUCACCCAAAACAGGCUCGAGUUGACCGCCAGCAGCACCACCACCACCGCCACGAGUGGACACAAGUGUCCGCUCCCUUCCAAUGAUAAACUCAAAGAUAUUGUUCAUAAACUCUGUGUGCACGACCGCCACAAGCUGUACCAGUGUCUGGAGGCUCAGGUGCGGCUGUUCGUGGUGGAGAUGCGGCUGAACCUGCUGAAGCACCUGGAGCACGGGUCGCAGUCGCUGUUCGAGGCCAUGAUCGACCAGUACGGCAAACUGUGUCGCGCCUCCAAGAAGAGCGCACAAUUCCUACAGGAACUGGAGUCCAAGCAUUUGCGCAAAUUCAACCUGACCUGGGAGUUCCUCAACCGACGCCUCUUCCAAAGCACCGUCUAUUCCGACACAUUCAUCAAACACGGGUUACCUAAGUAUGUGUGCGCCGACCGACACACUGCCUGUCCACUCAGUCCACUCACUAGCUUUCGUGUCUGUCCAUUGGGUCAGCCAGUGAUCACUCGCUUUGGGCUAACGGCGCUGACAAAAGACCGGUCCCUCAUCGACAUGUACGCCCGGUUCCUGAAGUUCGAGGACGAGAUGACUGUCAUAUCAGUGGUUUGGCGCGAAGCCCAACAGUUUAUAGAUAAAUACGAAAAGUUCGCGAUUUUGAACAAAAAACGAGCCCUUAUUAAAGAAUGGGAACAAUUCAGCGUCGAAUGGGUAUUAGACGAUCACGUGUCGGGAGGCGGCGGCGGGGGUGCAGGAGGAGGAGGAGGCGGUGGGAGCGUCGGCGGCAAAAGCAAGUCCGGCGAGAGUCCGAUGUGCAUAAAGAAGCCGUCGAUCGAGUGUCUGAACGCCCGGUUCCUCGAGGAGCAGAAGCUACUGAAGUCCGGCAAAAACAUGCAGUCCGUGAACAUCGAGAUCGAGACCAACUCCGCCCUCCAGGAGCAGACCCUACUGGCCGCUUAUGGCGAGUGGGACGCCAUCGACAUUAAGACGAUCACGACGAACCUGCCGCCGGGCGUGGCCGCCGCCAAUCGGCACCUGAAGUCCUCGACGGCCGCCACGCAAGUGGACCUCCUGUUGACGAGCAAAGCUAAGAGCGAGGCGAACGGCGCCAAA